CACAAGAGAAACAAAACAGAUCAAACCAAACCGUCCCGCACCGCAGCUACUGCAGCAACUCGUUGGCAGGCGAGAGCGCGAGACGAUGGAGGAGUACGUGGAGACGCUCAAGGCACGGAAGCAGGAGGAGAAGCUCAAGACCGUGAGCCUGGACGACUGGCUGCCCAUCACGUCGUCGCGCACGGCCAAGUGGUACUACUCGGCGUUCCACAACGUGACGGCCAUGGUCGGCGCCGGCGUGCUCGGCCUCCCCUUCGCCAUGUCGCAGCUGGGAUGGGGUCUGGGCACGGUGGCGAUCGUCAUGUCGUUCGUGAUCACGCUGUACACGCUGUGGCAGCUGGUGGAGAUGCACGAGAUGGUGCCCGGCAAGCGCUUCGACCGGUACCACGAGCUGGGGCAGCACGUGUUCGGCGAGCGCCUGGGGCUCUGGAUCAUCCUGCCGCUGCAGAUCAUCGUCAUGGUCGGCACCGACAUCGUGUACAUGGUCACGGGCGGGCAGUCGCUCAGGAAGUUCCACGACCUCGUCUGCCGCCAGGGCGGCUGCGGCGGCGACAUCCGGCUCACGUUCUGGAUCAUGAUCUUCGCCAGCCCACACUUCGUCCUGUCCCAGCUCCCCAACUUCAACUCCCUCUCCGCCGUCUCCGGCGCCGCCGCCGUCAUGUCGCUCGCCUACUCCAUGAUCGCCUUCUCCACGUCGGUGGCCAAGGGCGGCCGCGCCGCGGACUACGGCCUCCGGGCCACGACGGCGCCUGGGCAGGCCUUCGGCAUGCUGAGCGCGCUAGGCACCGUGUCGUUCGCGUACGCGGCGCACAACGUGGUGCUGGAGAUCCAGGCCACCAUCCCGUCCACCCCGGAGGCGCCGUCGAAGAAGCCCAUGUGGCGCGGCGUCGUGGCGGCCUACGCCGUCGUCGCGCUCUGCUACUUCUCCGUCGCCUUCGCCGGGUACUACGCCUUCGGCAGCUCCGUGGACCCCAACGUGCUCAUCACCCUGGACCGGCCGCGGUGGCUCAUCGCCGCCGCCAACCUCAUGGUCGUCGUCCACGUCAUCGGCGGAUACCAGGUCUUCGCCAUGCCCAUGUUCGACAUGAUCGAGACCGUGCUCGUGAAGAGGCACGGCUUCGCGCCGGGUUUCUGGCUCCGCUUCGUAUCCCGCUCCGCGUAUGUCGCCGCUACCAUGUUCGUCGGCUUGACCUUCCCCUUCUUCGACGGCCUGCUCGGAUUCUUCGGCGGCUUCGGGUUCGCGCCCACGACAUACUUCAUUCCUUGCAUAAUGUGGCUAGUGGUGCGGAAGCCCAAGAAGUACGGUCUGUCAUGGUUCAUUAACAUUAUCUGUAUCGUGAUCGGCGUGCUGCUGACGCUUAUCGCAUCCAUCGGAGGACUCCGACAAAUCAUCCUGGACGCCAAGAGUUACAAGCUGUACUCUUAAGCAUCCAAGAAGAGUUACAGGCCGGACAUGCAGUUUAUUUGGGCGUUGUUUAGACAACAGAACAAAUCCUUUCGUCGUAUACGUACCUCAUAGUCUAUAGCUAAUAUACAUACAAUGUAUCUAAGUCAGAGUUAUGUCGGGAAAUUAUUUUUCUGUAAUCGAUUACAAUUUACACCCUUCUUAUCUUUUAGAUUAAUUAGCACUGCUACUUUUUAUCACCUUCUUCAAAAGAUGAAAUAAAUUAUAGUAUA